CCUUUCACUCUCUCCCUCUUUCGCAGAAGCCGUGCUAAUGCGCGAAGGCUCUGCAAAUCAAUUGCCUCUCAGCCCAAUCCCUGAAUCCUUCGCCCUCUCAAGGAGAUUUCACGAUUUUGUUUCUCAAAAUCCGCUUUAGAAUCUGAGGAGGGUUUUGAUCUCUUUGGAAUCGCGUUUUUUUUUCCUUUUUUUUUUGUUGGAAAGGCUUUCCAAUGGCUGACGGGGUUGUUUUCAAACCGGAGCUUGGUGAUAAUCAGUCGGAUUGUCCUGGGACAUCGACUGAUUUAGUGUUUUCUCUGUUUCAGAAGAGGGUGGAUUAUGUUCCAGCUAGGAGAACUUUCAAGGGGUUUGAUAACGGCGGCGGCGAUUUUGAACUCACGACGCUAAACCCCAAUAGCUCGUUUGGUCAGAAAUCUGGUUCUAAUGUGGAUCAUUCGGCUCUGAAGGGGAAGAAAUUGGAUGGGUCGGAGCUUUUGGAAAAUGGGUUGGACCCCGAGCUCAGUUUCGAGAUCACCUUUCGCCGAAUUGGUGCUGGUUUGCAAAAUCUUGGGAACACAUGUUUUCUCAACUCAGUGUUGCAGUGUUUGACAUAUACAGAGCCUCUGGCUGCAUAUCUUCAAAGCGGGAAGCAUCAAAAUUCUUGCCAUGUAGCUGGAUUCUGUGCUCUAUGUGCCAUCCAGAAGCAUGUCAGCCGUGCUUUGCAGUCAAGUGGGAGAAUAUUAGCACCCAAGGAUCUUGUUUCUAAUUUGCGAUGUAUAUCUCGCAACUUCAAAAAUGCUAGACAAGAAGAUGCUCAUGAGUACAUGGUAAACUUGCUUGAAUCAAUGCAUAGGUGUUGCUUGCCUUUAGGCCUGCCAAGUGAAUCUCCUAGUGCCUAUGAGAAGAGUUUGGUACACAAGAUUUUUGGUGGUCGCCUCCGAAGUCAGGUCAAAUGCAUGCAAUGUUCUUUUUGCUCCAACAAAUUUGAUCCAUUUUUAGAUCUAAGUCUGGACAUAGUGAAGGCUGAUUCUAUUCAUAAAGCAUUUAAAAACUUCACUACUCCUGAGCUGUUGGAUGGAGGGGAAAGGCAGUAUCAAUGUCAACGAUGCAAGCAAAAAGUUAAGGCUCUUAAGCAGUUCACAGUUUACAAGGCACCUUAUGUUUUAACUAUUCAUCUCAAACGAUUCCAGUCGUACAAUCUUGAAGAAAAGAUCCACAAAAAGAUUCAAUUUAGCCCUACAUUGGAUCUGGCUCCUUUUGUCAGUGGCUCCUAUGCUGAUGGAGAUUUGAAAUACACUCUUUAUGGGGUUCUUGUUCAUCAUGGUGGUAGCACCCGUAGUGGUCAUUAUUAUUGUUACGUUCGAACAUCCAGUGGAAUGUGGUAUGCUCUUGAUGACAAUCGGGUUUCACAUGUCGGUGACAGGACAGUUUUUGAGCAACAGGCAUACAUGUUAUUUUAUGUACGGGACCGAAGAAAAGUUGUUCCAAAGAAACCUGUCGACAUUGCUUCGAAAGAGAAUAUGAAAACAUCUACCAAUUUAAAUAAACCUGGUUCCAUUGUCAACCCAGGUCAGAAGGACAACUGUACACAGAAUCGUACAUUUGAAAAAAAAUUAAAUGGCCCCUCCAAUGAUGAAUUGGUAAAAGAGUUAAAAGACUCAUCAAACGUAGGUACAUCAAAAACAACAAUUUCAAAUGGACCAUCUGUCCCGAGAGAAACUGAACGGGCAAGUAAAGAAUGCUCAGUACUGGAGGCGUCGUCCAUGCCAAAAUCUCCUUCAGUGGGAAUCUCGUCACUAAAGACUUUUAACAAGGAAAUUAUUCCAAACUCUAGUUCCGCAGAAGAUUUACCAUUUUUACCCAGAGGUAUGAACAGUAGCUUUCAUGCUACUAAUUCCAAGAGCUCAUUGGCCAAAGCAGCUGAUACGGAAAUCAACCAUUUUGACAGAAGCUUGGGUGUCUCAGUUGCUACUUCUCUCAGUGUAAUUGAUGCCAACGCAUCUGCCAUUCUUCAGGCUAAUGAUAAUGCUGCUUCAAUCCAAGAGUCUGGCUGUAAAACGUUGAAGAAAUCUGACCCUGAGAUAGUACCAAAUCAACCAAUUUCAGAAAGUAGCAAGGUUGGCAUUUCAGAUCAAAUUUCUGUUGGUAACUUGUCUUCUGCGGAUGCUUCUAAUUGUAAGAAGAUGCCCGAUAAGUCAAAUAAAAUAUCAAGUUCAACUAUGGUAGAGGGACUUUUGCUCUCAAAAACUCUUGAUUCAAAGCAUGGCAGAGGAUUGAAAAGAAAACUUUUGAAGUACCCUUCGGGAAGUUUGCAUCUCAGCUCAAACAUUCUUUUCAAGGCAUCCUUAAGCCUGUGUAAGAAGAAGAAACAUAGAAGGAAAAAACGCCAAUCUCCAGGCUCCAAAAGUCUCGCUGUGAAAAGCUUGUUCAGUAGAAACAAUGUGUCCUCUGAUUUUGGUCCAUCUACAUCUGAGAAAUCUGAGUCCAUUUGCUUAGUUUCUAAGUCCAGGAAGAAGGAUAAGCAUGGUUCUAGAGAAAGUAAUGGUAAUUGUGCUAGGAAAGAAGGUCAUAAAGUGGAGUCGCUAACUGAUAUAGUUGAUAAAGAAGGCGAAAAGAGAAGUACAGAGGCACAUUCUGUGGUUGCAACUAUGAACACAUUGAAUUGUAGUACUGACUCUAUCAUAGUGGCUAAUGACAAUGGGUCCGUUGAAACGAAUUUUUUAAAAGAUAGAAAAAGAAAUUCUAAUCAAGAUGACUCGCGUCGUGCUCUUACCAAUGGUUUUCAAGAUUCAGUUGUCAAGCAGUGGGAUGGGAUUGACAUGCCUUCAUCUGGGAAUGGGUUCACUGGUAUGGAGAAUGUUAGCAUCGGCUACGUUGCAGAUGAAUGGGACGAAGAAUAUGAUCAAGGGAAGAGGAAGAAGAUCCGACAAUUUAAACACACAUUUGAUGGACCAAAUCCUUUCCAAGAGAUAGCUACCAAGAAAUCACAGUUUAAGAAGGUAAAGGUGGAAAGAUGUGGAUCUGGAAACGAACCAUUUAGGAUAUGAAGAAGAAAGCAGGAGAGGUGUCCACAAGGCGGCUGUAAGUUUUGCCACUUGACCGACCAACCACAACUACAACUCUACUUGCGGGUAACAGUUCUAUCAAUUUUGAUGUUUGAUGUGUAGCAUUCUUGUUGGGCUGAAGGCUGUCCAUUGAUUAAGUGUGUGUGUUGUUAUUUCCCCCCUUCCCCCUUGGGAAAAGAGGAUGAUAGAAUCUUUAGAGAUUUUAUAUGAUGCAUUUGACUUCAUGAGAGAAUGAGACUGAUAAUUAAUUGUGUCACUUCCAACUUGGUGAACUGUUUUAUCAUUCUUCUAUUUAAACUCAUAAAGUUUCUAGCU